AUGUUCAGGCACUGCGCGGGGGCGGCACUGCCCGCGGCGGCCGCCGUCGCCGCCGCCACCGACGGCACCACCCCCGCCACGCCCACGGGCGACGCGCCGGGCCCCGCCGUCGUGCCCAGGCACAGCUCGCUCAGCGUGUUCGCCAGCAGCAUCUCCAGGUUUCCUCAGGAUGGCAUUAGUUAUAAGUCCUUGCGGCUUGUGAAAGAGAAGCACGUUCCACAGACCAGCGUGGAAAACCCGCAGCCUACGUGGAAUGGCUGCCGUGGAAAUUUCGCGUCACGCCCCCUGGAUCGACGUCUUCGCUCCCUUGCUUUUGAUUAUCGGAUGAGGAAAACUGUCACUAAGCACAGAGUCGUAGUGGACGCUGCGGACAAGGAAGGCAACCCGAAGGUGCUGAGCAUCGAGCCGGCGGACAUCCCGUGCGGCGCGGUGCACUACCGCGAGGAAGGGCGGCACUGCGCGCUGCGCGGCCGCUUCCCGCGCGCGCUGGCCGACUUCGACAUCGCCGGCGGCGUGGACGACCGCGACUGGCGCACCGUGGUGAUGCGCGCGCGCACCGCCCUGCGCGCCAGCCGCUUCGACGAGGCGCUGGCCGGCGCGCGCCGCGCCCUCGACGAGGACCACGAGGACAUCGACGCACUGCUCAUCGAGGCGCAGGCGCUCUACAACCUCGGCGAGUUCGAGAAGGCGCUCAUGAUCGCGCACCGCGGCUGGAAGAAGCGCAAGACCCCGCCAGAGUUCGCGGAAGUUAUAUUCGCGGCCGAGGAGACGAUCGAGGACUGCAUCGGGCGCAACGUGGGGCCCAUCAUGCUGGAGUUCCUCGACCUCAUCUACGCGAUGGAGAAGGAACGCGAAGAGGAGGAGACGCUGGCGAGCCAGCGGCGCGACGACCCCUGCGUCUUCCCGGAGGACCAGGAGGGCGGCGACGCCCAGGGCGGCACGUCGGCGCAGCGCCACUGCCGCGCGCGCCUGCAGGCCUACAUGUGCUCCAAGUACCUGGGCCGCCUGUGCGCAGACAAGCGCUUCCUCGAGCGCAUCAACAACCCGGCCGCCAUGCUGGGGCCCAACCAGAAGUGCAUUGACAAGCUGCUGGCGGAGGUCCGCGAGGGCAUCGAGUUCCUGCAGAAGCGACAGGUUAAGUUUUACAGAAACGCCCGGUGA